AUGACUUCUAACAGUCAUGCUACGAAACCCAGCUCGCAAUGGGAGGCAGGCGCAAUGGAGUCUGCCUCUUCCCUCCGGCCGAGGACACGAAGAUUGAUCUCCGGCUUGGAUGAAGAACUGGUCACCAGUCCCUCCAGCCGUGUUCCAUCACCGGGACGAAGUCCACACUCGCCUUUCCACUCCCGAUCCGCCUCUCCCAUUCCCAGUACACAUCCGUCCCGUACCGCCGCAAACCGUAACCUCCGGCCCUCGCCUCUGUUGGAGGUGGACGAAGGUUUCACUCCCGGGCGUCGCCAGGUCUCUUCAGGGGCGCUCUCGUCACUUUGGAGCACCUCAUGGGGGUCCAUCCAAGGCCUGGCAUCGACUAUGCUUGGCAGCGAUUCGCCUAACCCUCCCACACCACCUCAGCGAAGGAAACGGCCGGAACAACCUCACAUUUCCCGGAGCAGAGACACUCCGCUUAAAUGGGGUCCCUCCAGCCGAUCGCAGAGUUCGCCUGGUAUACGGGAGGACAUGGAUGCGAAGGCCCGGGCACUGAAGAAACGCGAUCUAUUAUACGGCAGCGCGCAACCAGAUACCAUGGGACGGUUCAAGCGGAGGAACUCAGACGAUCAAAGCACAGACACUCCCGGGACCGAGGAGCAGGCAGGCCAAGCCGCGCUGGUGUACUUGCACCUGGUUCAACCUCGCGAUACGUUACCCGGCCUCAGCAUCAAGUAUGGCUGCGAUUUGUCGACGCUACGACGGGCGAACCGGAUGUGGAUCAACGACUCGAUUCAGACCCGCAAACAUAUCUUAGUCCCCGUAGAGUCCUCGAAUGUGAAGGGACAGCGGGUCGUAGAGCCGCACGACACGACUGAAGAGGACUUGCUCUUAGAAGGCGAUGAGUUGCCUUCGACCAGACGGAGCACACCAUCCAUCCAAGAAAUCCCCCCCAAAACGAACGGGUGGCACCUGUCGGAGAACGGAAACAUUCCGGAGCCUGUACCCACCGAGAGUGCCGAACCGCCAUGGAAACACGAAUCAUGGGUUCUCUUACCCAAUGGCAAGAAGACCAUUGAAAUUGUGCGCCUUCCACGAAGAUCAAUGGGAUUCUUCCCCCCGCCGCGAAGAAAAUCGCAGAGCUAUACCGACGCCAGCAUGCCGGGGACGCCACGCCGCUCGAUGGACGUCGGCCGGGCGGGCGCUGGUAAAGGAUCCUCAGGGACUCCCCGACCCUCGUUACAAAGCUCCACUAGACCCCGCGCCUUGUCUCGAUUAUCGUCGACAAGCACAUCAACGACCCGCCCGAAACCUCGCUUCUUCACUACCCCGGGAGUCGGCACGCUUGACCAUACCGUAUGUCUGCCCGGUCCCGCCGACGACCCUCUGAAUCGCUUCUUUGGACAUCGACUACCGAAUGUCCAUCCGCCGGAGGACCCUUUUGGCGGGAACGCGGGCGGGUACUCCGAAAACGGGGCGUUCUUCCCUCCUCAGACAUGGUCAUCGGACGCCGCGGAUGGGCUGGGCAAGGGCGCGGAGUGGCACCGCCAGUUCGCGGCACUCAAUGCGCAAGGGGGGCUGCAAUCCAGCGGGCCCAACUUGGAGGAUGUCCCGGUUCACGUGGAGCGAUGGUUACGGAAGAUGGCGGCACGGGCCGCGAAUGCCCUCAAUGAGUCCUCGGCAACGGGCAAAAACACAGAUGCCGGUCUCGAUGGAAAAGGCUUAAGAGACGGGGGUGGUGGAGAUCUGAUCGAGUUAAUGGACUCAUUUGAGAUUGGCGACAACGAUGAGCACGGGACGGCAGAUGGCCCGAGUGGGACGACAGGCGUUGGAUUACGGGACAAUGAAGGGGUCCGGGGACGGUUUCAAGGCAAAGGGGAUGGAAAAGGUGCCAAAGGUGACUGAUGUUGGAUAUCUGUAAUGUCACGUUGUUCGCUUUUUGAGGCCGGCCUACCCAUACCGUUGGAUUCGAUGCAUAGUGGAGUUGGGGUCUGUAGCCGCACAGGCGUGGUUUGGAUUGUUAGAGCGCAAUCAUUAUUGCAAUGAGCGAUAUUUGCUCGAAGUCUUAUAGCCAUAUUUUAGCAGGAGUUCCCGCACCUGCCAUCAAGUGCUGAAUUGUCUCGGCCAACAGCCUCUGAGUACAAUAGGCUUCUGGUACUUAUGAAACGCCAAUAUCUCACGAAAG